GGUAACCCAGAGCUGCUUCAAGAUGAAAUGUCUGCUGCUCCUGCUGGUGCUCCAGCUGGCCGUGUCGGCGGUCUUCACCAACCCCAUCUUCGGGUACGGUGGCUCUGGCUGCGAUAAUAAGUUCGGCUUAGGGUGUCCAAGCAACCUUAAUAAGUUUGUUGAUGGUUCUACCGUUGCUGACAGAGUGCGCGCCGGUUAUUUUGGUUUAAGAAACAAGGGCUUACGAGGAUCUAGUACUGACAGCGUGUCUCCUCCUGCGGUCCAAGUGAUCCCCUACCCACAGAACCGAGGCGGUGGCUAUGGCGGUUGGAAUUAUGGUGGCUAUAGCGGCUAUGGCAGCUAUGGCGGCUAUGGCGACUAUAGCGGCUACGGCGGCUAUGGCGGUGGUGGGUACAGCAGCGGAAUUUAAGGAAGAUUUAAAUGUGGUGACUAAUUUGAAAGUGGUUAGGGAGGCUGGUAGUAGUGGGAGAUUGUUAUCAACACCGUCAAUAACUGAUGUGAGAAACCCACUGUUAUAAAGUGACUUCUCUCAGAGAUAAAUCUCACGGUUCGCUGUUAUGAUGAUCUGGAGAAUAUUUAUUAUUUACAAGAUAUGAAAAUCAUUGAUCUCGUGAUGAAAUACAGCUGGAUUUGUCAAUACAUUUUUGCACGUUUCUUCAAUUUACUGAGAAAACCCAAGUGCCCAGCCAUGUGAAGGUGAACAUUGAUGUGACUACCUCUGAUGAAACCAUUGAUAUAACCAUUGAUGUGACUACCUCUGAUGGGACCAUUGAUGUGACUACCUCUGAUGAGACCAUUGAUGUGAUCACUGAUGUGACCAUUUAUGGGACUAUUGAUGUGAAAUAGAUGUGAGAUCAGAUAUUACCAUUGAUGUGAUCUCUCAUGCGACCAUUGACGUGACCCCUCAUGUGACCAUUGAUGUUACCACUCAUGUGACCAUUGAUAUGACCUUUCAUGUGACCAUUGAUUUGACUCCUGAUAUGACCCUGGAUGUGACGCAUGAUGUUACCCUUGAUAUCAACAAUUGAUGUGACUUCUGAUUUAACCUUUCGAUGUGACCAAUGAUGUGAUCUCUGAUAUACGACUCUGGAUGGGACCUCUGGUGUUACCCUGGAUGUGGAAUCUUGACGUGACUCCAGAUUUAACCACUGAUAUGACCUCUGAUAUAUGACCCUUGGAUGAGAGCAUUGAUGUGACCUCUGAAUUGACACUUUGCUACGAACUUACUGAUAAUACUUUGCCGAGAUUGUAAUAUGAACUGAGAUUAUAAUAUGUAUAUUGUGUUUAGUACAUAUUCCUUUACUAUACAUUUCUUACAUUUGAUAGGAGGAUAUGUCGAGGAAUGAAUGUAAAGUUUAACUUACUGGUUUAAUAAGUACGUCUACAGCCAUUGGGGGAUAAGAAUAACUGACAGAAACCACUCUCUCUCAUAUCACGUUUUCUGUUGAACUACAAAAAUAUGUGAGUGAGCAAUCCGUCCUCAGGCCAGGCUCGUUAAAGCAGCGGCCGUUGACCCCCUGCAGCCCCUCUCACACGCAUUUAUCAACUUUAACAUAUUCAAAGGGGAUUGUUACUAAAAUAAAAAUGUAUUUUAAUAUAUUUAAGCAUAUUGUGCAUAUUUGUGUAGAUUAGGUUAAGUUUAGGUGUUUAUGGUCUGUCUGAUACGUAUUUGUAUUUGAAGUAUCUGGGUGAAGCAUUUAAAGUGUUGUGGUUCAAAAAGAGGUCGUCAGGGAAGCACUGUUCGAGAAAAAUUCGAACGUCAUCAGUUGACUCGUGUGUUACAGCUUGUCCUCAUCAACAAAGACCAAAUGCUCGCAAAUUCACCCACCAACCUCCCUUGUUUAUGAAUUAAAAACGGUUUACACGCGACUCACUACUAAUAAUAUUCGAACAUUUCUCGAGCAGUGCUUCACUGACGAACUCUCUUCGUACAUCAACGCUGUAAGCAGCCCGUCCUCCAAACAAAGGUAAUAGUUAAAAUAAUUGGUUUACCACAAGUUACUAGUCAUGUUUCUGUUAAGGUUUGACCUUUACGCUGUAAAGGUAUCAACUUGAGAAUGGUCCAGGAUGGACCGAAACGUCGUCGUCCCCUCAAUUUCUAGUGUGGUUUGGUCAACUUUAUGCUGUAUAUUGAGUCCUUGUUAUCUGUAAUGUGAUGUUUCUGUUAACAACUUAGGGUUAUUUAUAAAUAUAUGUCUCUUUUUUU